AUGGCCGCGACAAACCCCACCACGGCUAACCCGGCGGAGCCAAAGCCCAUCUCAGUGCUCUUCGUCUGUCUUGGAAAUAUCUGCCGCUCCCCCAUGGCCGAAGCCAUCUUCCGCCACCAGAUAACAACCACCGCUGCGCCCCCCGAGCUAGCAUUCUCCACAAUCGACUCCGCCGGCACUGGCGCAUACCACACCAAUUCCCCGCCGGAUCCACGCACCAUGUCCACCCUCCGCAACCACGGUAUCACCACCUACACCCACGCCGCCCGCAAGAUCAAGAAGCAGGAUUUCUUCGCCUUCGACUACAUACUCGCGAUGGACAGCGAGAAUCUGGAGAACCUAGCGUACGAGCGACGGCGGGCUGUUCGGGGUGACAAACAAAGUGGCCAAGACGAUGCGGAGGCGGAGGCUGCGGGGGCAGGGGCAGGGGCGAAAAUUGCGGAGGUCAGGCUCAUUGGCGAUUUCUCGUCUGAUGGGAGCGUGACGGCGAGGCCUGGCGAGGGGGAGGUGGUGGGGGAUCCGUAUUAUGGAGGCAAAGAAGGGUUUGAGGUGAUUUAUGCCCAGCUUGUGAGGCUUUGCCAGGGGUUUUUGAAGUUUCUUGCCAGAGAGGCUAAGAGAAGGGCGCGGGGGCUUGAUUGA